AUCAGUUACUAUGGAAAUCAAUGUGUUUUAUCAAUGACCUUUUGCUUGUAAAUUUAACUGAAGUCUUUUUUACAUCUUAUAUUAUUUCUUUGAUUAUAAUUUUACCGAUUUUAAAUGCUUUGGGGUGCUAGUCCAUGUUUAGAUUUAGGGUCUUAUGGAUCUGGUAAUGGAGAAUUAAAUUUACUGAUUAUAAGUGCUGGUGACAGCCGUCAUAUUUUACAAACUCUUGCAAAGCGUUACAAUCAUAAAUAUUUGAGGAUCAAUUUUUUCGUUUAUGAGCCUGUAGCUGAAAUGUAUGCAAGGCAAAUACAACAGAUUUCUUUGGCACUAGAACCUAUCGACCGAUUUAGCUUAUCUUUUAAGGUACGUACUUGGAUGGAACUAUAUGGGAACACUCUAGUGAGACCUAACACUAACAAUUAUUUGAUUAAAAAAUCAGCUCAACUCAUUGAUGUAAUCACUAAUAACGAAGCUAACCAUUACUGCUUGCCAAUGUUAAAUUUUGAUUCACUCAAAUAUAAGGAGAGAGAUGCAAUUGAAAAUAUAUUUAAGUAUUGGAAAAAUAACUCUGGUUUCAAUAUUAGUAAAAUGUGGGACAAUAGAUUGCGAAAUUAUUUAGGAAAGCGAUAUGAUUACCGAAAUAACAGUUUUGAUUGGGAUUUACACAUGGUUCUUCAUUAUAUUGAAGGAGGUAAACGAAUAACAAGUCAAGAGUAUAUAUAUUGGAGAAAUACAGGGGUUGCAUAUACUUUCUUAGAAACUGACUCGACAGACCCUAAUUAUACAUUUGCCUUAGUAAUAGCUAGAGAUGGAGAAAAAACAGUCGCAGUAAAUUAUUAUGGGGAUAUUUUAAAUGGGCCUUUCCCAUCAUUUGGAUUAGAUUGUGAAGAUGAAGAUAUGUUAAAGAUGGGAAACAUGCAACCACUUAAACGCUCUACCGAUUUGACAGAAAGAAACUUGACGAGAUUAUUUUAUGAAAUUGAAAAUCAAAAACCUUAUAUACACAAAGGUAAAAAUGAUAACAUAGGAAUAAUCAUCACAGAAUUACCUAAAAUCAAAAUUCAAGAAAAUCAAUUAGAAAUAGAACGAGCCAAAGUUUAUUCAGAACGUUACCCCAGUAUUAAUGUCAAUGAUGUAGAAGUAAAAUUUAUAACAAAAACUGCUAUGGUAGAUUACCCACAACUCGAUAGAUACAAACAGUUUUUUGACAUAAUAUAUUGUGGUCAUACUUAUUUUGAACAAAUGAACCCAAAAAUAAUAUCGAUGGUAAAAGAUAAUGGCACAGUACUAAUAGAAUCUAGAAAGUUUAUAGUUAAUUAUAAAGAAGAACAACAUAAUGCUUAUAAACAAAAAUUAUUAGAUUUAAUAAAGAUGAGCGAGUGUAGAACAAUGUCUGAAAUUGAUGUUAUUAAAAAUGCAGUAAUAAGUUACAAAAUUCAGAGAGAUAAAUAA